AUAACAUCUUUGGGAUUUUAAGUUUAUUUUUAUUUUUAUGUUUGACAAAGCAAGCACCAUAGUUCUACGGGAUAUCCUCAUUUUGGUUCAUAUUUGCAUGCGAGAGAGAAAUUUGCGUGUAAGAGAGCGCGAAUUUCCAGAAGAUUCAUGCUUAAAUAAGAUCAAACAUGGCGAUCAUGCCUUGAAUUGCGAACGCUUCCAUUUCACAUAUUCACACUAACUCGAUAGAAAGUGAGCAGCAGAAAAUGGCUGAUGAUAGCAUACUGGAGAGGGAGAGGCAUCAGAUCCAGCAAAUUCGCGAGCUUGAAUUCGAGGAACUUCAGAUCGAGGAAGUUGAAAGCCUUCGAGACUCCGACGACGAUGACCGCGGUGAUCGUGGUUAUUAUAGAGGGGCUGGGACAUCUGGUGAAAUCACCUUCAACACCUGUUUGGCUUCAAUGCAUACAUAUCUUGGCGAGGUUGAAGACACUCAUCAUAGGUUGGCUUGCUUUGAGAGUGGUGCCAUCUUGAACCUCCCACUCUUCUACCUUGAAGGAGUUGUCCUGUUCCCAGAGGCUACCCUUCCCCUAAGGGUCAUUCAACCAAAUUUUAUAGCUGUUGUUAAUAGAGCAUUGAGCCAAGUUGAUGCUCCUUAUAUCAUAGGUGUGAUCCAUGUAUACAGGGACUCUGACGAUAGGGCAGUAAGGUUUGCAACCAUAGGAACAACUGCUGAGAUUCGGCAAUACCGGCAACUAGAGGAUGGUUCAGUGAAUGUGGUUACCCGUGGCCAGCAACGAUUUCACUUAAAACGCCGUUGGAUUGAUGUGGAAGGAAUGCCCCUCGGAGAGGUGCAAAUCAUCCAGGAGGAUUUGCCAUUAAGGACCCCACGAGACGCCUUUGGAAAAUUACCACCAUUGGUUAACACACAGAACUGUAGUCCCUCAAGUGCACGACGCCCAACUUCUCACUCUAAAGGGCAUGGAUAUGGUAAUGAAGACAGUGAUUCAGAGGGAAUUUCAGAUGAAAGCUUCGAGAGUGAGCUCUCACCAUCAGAAUUGAGAAUGCACCGGUCUGCAAUAGAUUCCUGUUCUGGGUAUGAUAUUCGUGAUGAAUCCACUAGCAGUGAUGAAGAGAAGUUUGUAUGCGAGUCAGAGUUCCAAUUGGGAAAGUCUAAUUUAGAUAGCUCCAUAGGGUUAUCACACUCAGACAAUGAGAAAUGGGACAAAAAGGCCAAUUUAAAAAUUAGAGAGAGGUUUAUUUUGAAAAGGCAAUUAAGCAGACAGGAGAUGUGGAAGAAGGGUUGGAUGACUGCCAAGUUAAACCAGUCUCAUCAAGUUCCAAGAGCAUUCUGGCCCUAUUGGGUUUAUCGUAUGUACGAUUCUUAUUAUCUUGCUCAAAGAGCAGCAGACAUGUGGAAAAGGAUAGUAGCAGUACCAGGCAUGGAUGCUUUGGUGAAGAAGCCUGGCCUCUUAUCAUUUUAUAUAGCCAGCAAAAUUCCUGUUUCUGAAUCUACAAGGCAGGAGCUUUUGGAUAUUGAUGGAAUUUCACAUAGAUUGCGCCGGGAAAUUGAAUUGCUCGAGAGUUUUGAUCGCAUUCGAUGUAAGAAUUGUCAGACAGUAAUUGCAAGACGAAGUGAUAUGUUGGUGAUGUCUAGUGAAGGUCCUCUCGGUGCUUAUGUGAACCCAAAUGGUUUUGUGCAUGAGAUAAUGACCUUUUACAAAGCGAAUGGCUUAGCACUUUAUGGGAGAUCAACCGAAGAAUAUAGCUGGUUUCCAGGAUAUGCGUGGACGAUCACACAAUGCGCCACUUGUGAAAGUCAAAUGGGAUGGCUAUUUACAGCCGUGAACAGAAAGUUGAAGCCUAUUUCGUUUUGGGGGAUCCGAAGCUCCCAGGUAGCUGAUGACAUGCGUUGAAGCAUGAAACAUUCAAAUGCUUUCUAUAAAACCCUCCACGUACCAUGUGACAAUUUAGCCUCGGUACGGGUACUUGUGCUGAUUUCUUAAGUAUCAGCGAUCAUUGAUGCGGAUAAUAUGCCUGUGGUGUGUAAUACGGUGGGAGGAUAAUUUGCAUGUCAUGAGAGCAGAUCUGAUUAGAUAUUAACUUCUCUUUUCGUCUCUAGGAGAGCUUUUCCUACCUUUGUAAAAAGGAGAGAAUAUUCAUGUUGAUUAAGUUGUAUUAAGUUCUGUUUGCUGCGUUA